AUGGACCCGUCAGAUCCCCCAAAUGGUCAACCUGGCGCUGGCAAUGGCGCGCCAACUGCGAUCGGCGGCGCAGCCACUAUGUCCGCUCCUCCGCAUCCACAUCCAGAAGCGCAAUCGACAACGCCUAUGCCACCUGCAUGGUCGUCGCAAAUGUCUACCUUUCCUACAAGUAGCGGCGCUGCCGGAGCCCCAAACUUUCCCCAGUACUCGGCAUCGACUGCUGCUAUCCUUGAACGCCUCCAAGGAAAGAAUGGCCAUGCCGCUGGAAGUGCUGCCUUCGAGGCGAAGCGGGCAGAGAUCUUGCAGAGUUACGUUACUAGCGACAAACUGCCGACACCCCCGCCAGCUGCGAUUACUGGACGUAGAGGAAGAGGGGGAAGAGUUAGCACACCAAGUGGACUCAAGACGGAAGUUGGCGCAUCACCUUCGGGCCCUUCAUCUGCUCGUGGAUCUGGCAGAGGGCGCGGACGAGGACGUGGAGGGCGUGGUGGACGUGGGGGUAGAGGUGGCAAGCGGAAACGUUCUGAGAGUGACGAGGAGAGCGACAACGAUAAUGACGACUCCGACGUCUCAGACUCGUACACUCCACUACCCACACGAACCAAGUCUGGCCGAAGUGUAAACAAGCCCGUCGCAUUCGUACCCACUAUCCCAGAGCCAGCUCAAGGCGUCAAGCGGAGAAAGUCGACCAAGACCCUACUUGCGGCAAAGUGCAAGACCUGUCACCGAGAGACCGAUCCGUCCAACAACCGAAUAGUCUUCUGUGAUGCGUGUAGUACCGCAUACCACCAGUACUGCCACAACCCGCCCAUCGACAACGAGGUGGUUACUGUGCUUGAAAAAGAGUGGCUGUGUGGACCAUGUAUACGGACCAAGCAGACCGUUGUGGAAGGUGCACAGGAUCUAGUGGCCGCCGAGGACCUGACUAUAUAUGAGAAACGCGCAUACUUCAACACGCUCCCCCAAAAUCAGCUAGUCGGUCUCCUCCUUACCGCCACAAUUCGACAUCCAGAACUACCCAUCUUUCCUCCAAAUGUUAGGAAUCUCAUACCAAAUCUCUCGAUCAUCAAGUCGGAAAUGCCGCAACAACAACCUUCAGCUACCCAGCACUACGCCCACUACCAACCCCCACCAAACUUCGGUCUCGCCCAGAUGACCUCGCCUCCAAAUGGCCACACAACAACAAAUCACACACCGCAGUUGUCGUCACAUUCGCAUUCGGAAAUGGACCCUGCAGAAGCGCAGCUCCUCGGCGAGAGCAGCCAGCAGCCACGCACAACCAUAGAUCUGGCCGGCAACCAGUAUGAAGAGGACGAUGGUUACGAUACCGAUCCACCAGCACACUACCCCAAAGCUGGUAACGGGCUCGCACGAACACUACGCCCAGAAAGUGAAGAUCUGAACUGGCUUGUCGACGACAACUUUGAAGUAUUCAGCCACGGGUGGAAGGGAGACGGGACGGGCAUGGGUGCCGAUGGCACACUGGACGGUAUGGGCGAGGGACAGAAAGUAGUCUAG